GGCACGGCGUCUUGUAACACCGCCAUUCGUUGUUUAGCACUGAAAAUUCGUUUUAUGCUGAACGCGAGAAAUCUGGAAGUCUAGUAUUGUUUUUAGUGAAGGAAAACGUUUGCUUUUAUUUGAAGCUUUAAAAAUGGAUUCAGCUAUGGCGCAAAGAACAUGGGAAAUGUCUAAUAAUAUCGAAAAUGUUCAAAGUGUUGAUGACAUAUAUUGUUAUGAUAAAAAGACUCAACAAGAUAUAUUAACAGCUAAACCUUGGGAAAGAGAUCCUCAUUUUUUCAAAGAUAUCAAAAUAUCAGCUCUUGCUUUACUGAAGAUGGUCAUGCAUGCACGAUCUGGUGGCACUCUGGAAGUAAUGGGUAUGCUUAUUGGGAAAGUGGACCUGACUACAAUGAUUGUUAUGGAUUCCUUUGCUUUGCCUGUGGAAGGUACAGAAACGAGAGUUAAUGCUCAGGCUCAAGCGUAUGAAUACAUGGCUGCUUACACCGAAAGUGCUAAGCAGGUUGGUAGAUUAGAAAAUGUGAUUGGUUGGUAUCACAGUCAUCCUGGCUAUGGAUGUUGGCUUUCUGGAAUAGAUGUUAGUACUCAGAUGUUGAAUCAGCAGUUUCAAGAGCCAUUUGUUGCCAUUGUAAUUGAUCCUGUAAGAACAAUAUCUGCUGGCAAAGUGAAUUUAGGUGCUUUCAGAACAUAUCCAAAGGGUUAUAAACCACCUGAUGAAGGUCCUUCUGAAUAUCAGACAAUUCCUUUGAACAAGAUUGAAGAUUUUGGAGUUCACUGCAAGCAGUACUACUCAUUGGAUGUAUCUUAUUUUAAAUCUAAACUAGACAGGAGGUUGUUAGAUUCAUUAUGGAACAAGUACUGGGUUAACACUCUUAGUUCAUCAAGCCUUCUUACAAAUGCUGAUUAUACAACAGGACAAGUAUUUGAUCUGUCUGAUAAACUCGAACAAUCAGAAGCUCAGUUGGGACGCUGUGGUUUUGUUUUGGGCAUGGAUCCUCAUGAAAAGAAAACUGAAGACAAAUUGGCCAAAGCUACAAAAGAUAGCUGUAAAAUAACUAUUGAAGUAAUCCAUGGACUUAUGUCUCAGAUAAUUAAAGAUCGCUUGUUUAAUCAAGUGAACCGUAAAUUUUGAGAAUAUUUGCAUUUCCAUUCCACUUAAAUGUAUGUUUUUUUAGCUUUAUAUUCAACUGAAAAAUAAACUAACUAAAAAAAAAAAAAAAGAUGUAUGGAUCGAUGUGAUAUAGUUUAUUUCUUGUAUUUAUAUGCAUUGGUAAGAAGUUUGUUUGUAUGUUACAUUGCAUACAUAUGCAUUAGUUGCUUAUAUGCAACUAUACAACUGAAAUUCAUAAUUAUUGUACUUCAGAAUCAUAUUUUAAUGUUAAAUGUAUUUCUUUCCAGUAAAUAGUUAAAUAUUUUUAAUAGUCGUAUUUGGUUUCUGUAUUUUGCUUAAUAAAUAUUACUGUAUCAACAGGUAAAUUUUCUUGACAGUGUUGAAAUGUUGUGCAGUAUUGUAUUACACUAUUAUGGUGUAACAGUGUUUUAAUUUUUCUCUUGCUUUCAUUUUGUUCCUUGUGAUGUACUUUGUUGAAUAAAAGAUAUUUGUAUAAUGUAUUUAAACAUAGUUCUUCAAUAUUAAAAAAAAAAAAAAAAUGAUUAAAAUAAA